AUGAACGCUUCCAUACCGCAGCAACUCUGCAAAAGUUCCAGGUUCACGGUCCCUGUUCUCAUUCUCUUUCAUGUCCCACAAAGUCCCCAAUGCGUUGGUUGCGGUCAUGCCUGCGGCGUGGGUGACCUUCUGCAUAGUCGAUGUAGUCAAGAUCGUCCAUACGACGUUAUAAGCCUUCUUGUAUUCUUCAGACUCUGGAUCGGCAUCCAAUCGGACUGA